CACUGCCGUUACAACGCCUCCUUUGCCUUCCAACCAUUCCACUUCUCCCACUCAUUCCACAUCUCCCACUGUCCCCCAUUUCCCACUCCCCUCACUCUUACUCCUCCCACUCUAUCCACAUCUCCCAUUUCUUCCGAAUCCGUCACUUUUCCCACUCCUUCCACCUUCGAAUUGGUCAUACUCCAGACCUGCCGACACACCUCCCAUCAGCCUAUUUUGCUGACCCUCUUCUCGCUCCCUUUCGCCGCUUGUGCGCGAGACUCUUCCGAUGACUUCAGCCUUUCAGCUGGUCACAUUCUCCAAAUGACGUCAUUUAUGCCCCCUGCUCCAGAUGGUCCAGCUCGUCCGAUACCGUCUCUUUUGUGGGCAUGUCACUCGAUCCACUUCGGUGCGGAAGAGAGGACGAAACGCGGGUCGACUGGUCGACUCGCUUUUCCGCGACUUGAAUGGGGCCUGUCCGUCAACCACAUUGGACCGAUGCCAUCCUGCGAGCCUCGGAGAAAGCUGGUCCUUUGCGGCUGUACCAUUCGUUUUGCUUAA